UCGUCAAGGGCCGUGAGCGCUGGAAUUAAUGGCAGUACACCAAAUUCGAUAAGAAGUAUACUCUGCUUCCGCCAAUGUAUUUAGUUUUAGAACGAAGUUUAGCAUAAAAAUUCACCUACGAGUGCGAGUAACACAAAAAACGACUGAUGGACUUUUGGGCGGCUUUGUUGUGAAGUAUAUGUGCCGAACAUACACCUGUAAUUAAGAGUUGCCGAUUCUCGGGAAGGUUAUGGUCACUCUUUCAUUUGAAUAACAACAGUGGGUACACAGCAAUCAUGAGCAGCGCUGCUACGCCCAAGUUCGUUCACAAACAGCUUUUGUACAUAAUUAUAGUGGUCGCAUUGACUGCUAACAUUUUCUUGAUACUGCAAAAGCGACCUACUUUGAUAUUUUACAACGCUUACAAAGACGACGUAGAGUGCCAUUUACAAAAAAGCUUCAAUUUACCAAUCGCUAAUAACUUCAGUUUCUCUUCUCUGAAGCAAAUUUUCUUCCACGACGUAUCUUGUAAAUCGGGAUUGAACUCGCGCGAAGCCUGUGCGGUAGAGUCGGCGGCGACGAACAACCCCAACUGGGACAUCAAUGUCUUCUUUUUGGGACCACCCAGCGACCUAUUUCUGGAAAGUACUGUUUACAAACUUCUUAAAAAGAAAAGUAAUAUACACUUUUAUAGAGUCGACAUCGUAGACUUUGUUAAAGACACGCCCAUAGAGAACCUGCUUCCUUCAGAAAUUAUGCACAUAAACAAAAAUUGGUGUCUAGAGAGCUUGGCUGGCAUGAUCAAAUACUUGGCAUUAUACAAAUAUGGAGGAAUUUAUUUGGAUUUGGACGUGAUCACUGUCAAGUCGUUCGACACGUUGCCCGCCAAUUGGGUGGCAAAGCAGGACUCAGAAGUUUACGGAAACGCUGCGUUUGCCUUAUCUAGAAACGGUUUCGGAAGAACUGUAGCCGAGAACAUAAUUCGGGAUUUCAGUCAAAAUUUCAAUCCGUUCACUUGGGCUGAACUAAGCACAGACGUCCUUAAGCGCGUAUUGCAACAAAUUUGUAACAAGUCUAGCGACAGAAUGUGGCAAUUAGUUAACAUAUACAACCAGUCAUGUACAGAAUUAUCAGUCUUAGACCCCGUAGUGUUCUACCCCAUACAUUUCAACAAGAGGAUGCAUUACUUCGAAUCGGGCACAGUGAAAUUUGCGAAAACCUACGGUCACCAUUUAUGGAGUUCUCUAUCAAUUGGGAUGGAAGCUCCAGAAAAAUCUAUCUUAGCUCAGCUGGCCGAACGAUCCUGCCCAACGACAUUCGAAUUAUUUAAAGACAGUUUUGGUUCUUAGUUUUCACCUUGUCGGUUUGUACAUAAAAAUAUGAAGUGCACUUUCUUUUACUCAAGAAACUAUUGAUAUGGUAUGCAAUUGUCGUCAACAAGAAUUUGAAAAUACUGUUACAAACUGUGGCGGAAAAUGCUAUUUAAUUACAGAAUAUCACAGAUAAUACGUAAACUUUGUUUUACAAAAAUAACAAUAUACGUCAAUGAAUAUUUUCCACCGACAUACUGCGCAAUGUGAAAUCGUGGGAAUAGUGCCCCGUUUCAAUACGCUAUCACAGAAAGCCGAGUGUAUCAAUUUGCCAGCCUAAACUGUAAUUGAUAGACAAAAUCGACUGCUUACAUCAACCGUGUUCGAAUUCCUCAACUAAUAAGUGGUCAACGUUCGUGCACCCGCUGCACACGCUACACACGUUGCAUCACAGAUUGAACCAUAAAAAUAAGACACUUAGGUCACAUGGAAAAAACACUAUUUUUUUCGGAUCUAACAACAAACUUUUCGGGACUUUACAGGCCCG